CAGAGACUGAUCUCUUUCCUAUUGGUGAGGAUGACUUUCCUGAGCGUUUGAGUGUGGCUACGGCCAUCGAUUGGCCUUUUCUUUUGACGUAUGCUGCGGCGCCUCAUUCACGUGUUGGGAAGCGCACUGCCGCCUAGGAGGAGUCCUGUUAACUCGGCUCAUUUUCGGGAUACAGGCCACACGUAUCUGUAUGUGGCCCCCGUGGCUGCCUUGGGCCUGCUGGAGAGUGCGGUUAGGCAGAGCCAUGUCUCAAAGCCCUGCCCGCCGGCCGCGACUGCCUAAGGACCCCUUGCGGCAUUUGCGCACCCGAGAGAAGCGCGGUCCGUCGGGGGAGCGCGCAGGACCCAGCACAGUGUACUUGCAGGUGGUGGCGUCUGGAACGCGAGACGCGGGCUCAGCUCUUUAUGUCUUCUCGGAGUAUAACCGGUAUCUUUUCAAUUGUGGGGAAGGUAUCCAAAGGAUCAUGCAGGAACAUAAACUGAAGGUUGCUCGCUUGGAUAAUAUUUUCCUAACUCGAAUGCACUGGUCCAAUGUUGGAGGUUUGUCUGGAAUGAUUCUUACUUUAAAGGAAACUGGGCUUCCAAAAUGUGUCCUUUCUGGACCACCACAGUUGGAAAAAUACCUAGAAGCUAUCAAAGUAUUUUCUGGCCCAUUGAAAGGUAUAAACUUAGCUGUACGACCUCAUUCUGCUCCAGAAUACAAAGAUGAUACAAUGACAGUUUUUCAGGUGCCUAUACAAAGUAAACAAGUUUCAUGUGAUUACCAGCUAUCCUUGCAUUCCAGAAAGUCUCGUACCAGCUUUAGUCCAAAUCAACCUGCCAGCUUUGGAUCUUCUGAAAGCGAACAGCAACUUUCAGAUGACGAUUGGAAAAUGAAAGGCAGAGACUCGUCUUUGGUUGUAGCUUUCAUCUGUAAGCUUCACAUGAAACAAGGAAGUUUUUUGGUGCUGAAAGCAAAAGAUUUGGGGCUUCCAGUUGGUACAUCUGCCAUUGCACCUAUAAUUGCUGCUGUCAAAGCUGGGAAAAGUGUCAAUUAUGAAGGAAGAGAGAUUUUUCCAGAGGAGGUUUGCAGUCCACCAGAUCCUGGCUCUGUUUUUAUUGUGGUGGAAUGCCCUGAUCAAGGAUUCAUAGAACCUAUAUGUGAAAAUGACACCUUUCGGAGGUAUCAAGAAGAGACUGAGGCUCCUGUGGCUGUGGUUGUUCACAUGACUCCAGAAUCAGUAUUGCAGGAUAGCAGAUACCAGCAUUGGAUGGAAAGGUUUGGCCCUCAAACACAGCACCUGAUCUUGAAUGAAAAUUGUACUUCUGUACACAAUCUUCGCAGCCUUAAGAUUCAAACUCAGCUCAACCUUAUUGACUCAGACAUAUUUCCCCAGCUUACCAGCUACAAUUGCAAGGAGGAUCUGGCUACAUUCUCCUUUCCUGUAAUCCGUGGCGAGUGCCUCUUGAAAUACCAGCUAAGACCCAAACUACAUUGGCAGAGAGAUGCCUGUAUCAAUUGUAAUCUCAAUGAAUUUGUGACUGAAGCUCUGGACUUACCUAAUUUCCAAGAUAGAGUGCAGAAAUAUAAGGAAAACAUGCUGGACAGUAUAGUCCUUUUAGGGAAAGGAAUCAAAUAUCCAGAAGUCAUCUUCCUCGGAACAGGUUCUGCCAUUCCAAUGAAGAUUCGAAACGUCAGUUCCACACUUGUGAACAUAAGCUCUGAUCAGUCUCUAUUGUUGGACUGUGGGGAAGGUACCUUUGGGCAGCUAUGCCGCCAUUAUGGAGACCAAGUGGAUACAAUUCUGGGUAACAUUGCUGCUGUGUUUGUAUCCCAUAUCCAUGCAGAUCAUCAUACAGGCUUAUUAAAUAUCCUGUUGCAGAGAAACCAUGCUUUGGCGUCAAUGGGAAAAUCAUCCAGUCCGCUAUUAUUAAUAGCACCUACUCAAGUCAUGACAUGGUUGCAGCAGUAUCAUGAUCAUUGCCAGGAGAUUUUAGAUGCUAUCAAUAUGAUCCCUGCUAAGUGCCUCCAGAAAGGAACUGAAGUCUCCAAACCCAUGAUUGCAAGAUUGGUUACUUCUCUGCUAGAAAAAUAUGAUUUGGAAGAGUUUCAGACAUGUUUGGUUCAUCACUGUAAGAAUGCUUUUGGCUGUGCAUUUGCCCACAAAUCAGGCUGGAAAAUAGUCUACUCUGGUGAUACCAUGCCAUGUGAUGCUCUGGUCAAAUUGGGGAAAGGAGCUACUAUGCUUAUUCAUGAAGCUACUUUGGAAGAUGGUUUAGAGGAGGAAGCAAGAGAAAAGACACACAGCACUACGUCUCAGGCAAUUGGAGUUGGGGUGAAGAUGAAUGCUAAGUUUAUCAUGUUGAACCACUUUAGUCAACGUUAUGCCAAAAUCCCCCUUUUUAGCCCAGACUUCAAUGAGAAAGUUGGAAUUGCAUUUGACCACAUGAAGGUCUGCUUUGGAGACUUUUCAACAGUUCCUAAGCUGAUCUCUCCUCUCAAAGCCCUGUUUGCUGAUGAGAUUGAAGAGAUGGUAGAGAGGAAAGAGAAACGGGAAUUGAGACAGGUCAGAAAAGCUGCUAUUAGUGCAGAUCGCUGUGGGCAUGAUGAAGGGCAAGGAUCCAAGCAGACUCAUAAUGGAGAAGAAGAAACUCAGAGACCACAAAUCAAAAAGCUCAAAGUAAACUGAAGGCAUUUACCAUGGUCCUGGACAGAAGGUUUUAUUUCCUACUCUAGGAGAACAGGCACUUGUUUACUUUCCUUUUCUUCAUGAGGAGGUCAUGAGUGCUGGUUAAGUGCAAUGGUACUCUGGUACUCUUUUGUACUCUAGGGGGAAAAAAAUCCUGUUAACUUUACCAGAGCUACUUGGAAGAGAAAAAGACUUUGAAGUACAAUGUAAUCUCUUGGAAUAUGGACUGUGUGAUUUUUGUCUUGGUGUCUUAUUGUUAGCAUAAUGCCUUGCAAAUAAUAGUUAUGCUAUAAAUAUAUGUGGAUUUUAAUUUAAAGAAUUAAUAAGUUGAAAUAUAUAUAGUUGAAGCAUGAGUAGGUUUUUCUAAAAAUUGUCAAGAGAAUUUUUUAAAGGAAAAAUUGUUUUUGAAAAUAUUUUGAGAAAAGACACCAGAACAAUAAAAAUUAUAUCCCACUAAGGUA